UUGGAUUUUUUUGUUACAGCAUGCGAACGCGGUUAAAGUACAAGCUGCGGAAUACGUCCAAAAGAAGCAAGCGAGGAAAAUGAUGACCCGCUCCGUAACCGGAUCGUUAUUUCAAGCUCAAAAGCUCGUCGAUAUCGCCGACGUGAAAUUUUUCGCAACCGCUAAGCCCCAAACGUUUUUCGCCCGCGAUAACGUAAGCAAUUUCAUCCAGUGGUGUCGCCAAUCGUUGCAGAUCCUCGAGUGUCUUCUUUUCGAAUCGGACGAUUUGAUUCUGAGGAAAAACGAGAAACACGUUAUUUUGUGCCUUUUGGAAGUGGCGAGAAGGGGCGCACGAUUCGGGAUGUUAGCCCCGAUGUUGGUCCAAAUGGAGCGUCAAAUCGAUCGCGAAAUUCUCGCGGACCAACGAGCCCAAGGAAACGGAAACGAAAGCGAACUCCAAGACGACGAUUCCGACAGCGAAAUCGAAGACGAACAGAUCAUGUUGAGUUAUGGGCCAACCCCUCAAAUCGUCACCAACGAUUUAAAGAGUUUGGAUGAGAUGGUGAUUUCUGAAUUGGAACGCGUGAGUAAAUAGAGACCCAAGAUAUCAUUUUUUUUUGUUGCACUUAAUAUGAGAAGUUCACGCAUUGUUAGAACACCUGUUUUUCAUCUACCCACAUUCACACGUGCCUU